AUGAAGCUCGUCUCAAGUUACCAGCUCGUUUUUGGACUUUUAUUUAUCGCCGAAUUUUAUCCUGUAUUGUUUUCGGUUCGUUUUGAAUGGAUAACUUUGUUAUAAUCAACCCCCAGAAGGUCUAUCUUUUGAUAUAGACUGGAAAAUUAUAUUUUUCCGCCAAAUCUGCGUCGCGUACCCAACAAGUCAUACCGUGACCGUCUUUCAGGAAAAAAAAUUAACUAUAGUGAAACUACAAAGUUGCUCUUUUGUAAUUUGUUAGAGAUCAGUUUGACCACGAAGCGAACAGAACGAUUGCUGAGAAGCAUAUGUAUGUAGUUUCAGGUGUCUUCCAUUUUUCAGGCAGCCAACAAGUGCUAUGGAUGGACAGACUGGAUUGCUUAUGACAAUGUAGAUUGCUCAUUUUCGUGCGGUGGUUGUGGAUCAUCUCUAAGGGAAAGAUGUUGUCUCGGCACCGACACGUCUUGUUGUGUGUAUGUUAUAGUCUGUGUACCACGACUUGGAAUUUCACCGAACGACGUUCCGCUGCGUGCCUUUAAUUUUUAAUUUUAUAUAAGAACUCGUCCCACACGUGUUCCUAGUGGAAAAGUCCAUCUAUCAGAAAUGAGAACCAAUUCAAAGCGAGGCCGAGGCUCGCAAAGACGCAGCGGAACAGCGGAUUGUCGUUCGGUGAAAUUCCAAGUCGUGACACACAGAUUAUAUAACUUUUCAUUCUACUUUACGGUGUGUAACUUUCUGAAAACUUGAUCAAAUGCUCUUCAAAGGCUUGAUUGAGAAUAAACGCUACUUGCGUAAACUUUAAGUUUUGAGGACAUUCAUCAGUAGACCUUAACAGUUAAUAAGCCAGAGUUGUCUUUACAGAGGACCUAAUACCGGCUAUAUCUCCUGUGGCUACGACCCGUGUCCUCCUCCGUAUCAACCUUGUUGCGAUGGAUAUGAGCAGAAAAUACUGACAUCACAAAAAUAUGUCUGUGUUCCAGUGACAACAAGUCUCAUAUAAAUUGCGUUUUUUCACUGAUUUGAAUGAACAUCUUGUCCUGUAUUUGAUCAUGAAUUGAAAGGUUCACAAAGAAUCUGUACAUGCUUCAAAACGUGUCCGUAAAACGCCAAAGAUCUUUCGAUCUCCCUUUUUUUAAAUAUAUGAUGCCUUACCUUUUUGAGAGUUUUAUGCAGCAAAUUGGGUAUCGAAAAGGGGAAUAUUGGCCAAAAAAAGUUCAAUAAAAGGUGUCAAAAGCGUAAGGAUUAUUUUUCAUUUGCAUUUUCUCGUAAAAGUGUGUGAAGUUUGAGAGCUCUAGCUAAGAAAAAGUAUACAUUUUUUCCCACAAUGCACUUUUUUCGAAAUAUUCUCCCACUGAGUAUGCGCUACUACAAUAUAAAAAGGAGCCGUAUUGUGUAGUAUCCGAGAAAAAUGUCAGGAGAUUUCCUACUGUUCCUGUUUACUGCGCUACUUUUCCCGUUUUCGGUGAGUUUUCGUUUCAUGUUUUUCCAAAAAAAACUGGUUUUAAAAUAAUAUAAACAGACACUAAAAAUUAAAAGAUAGACAUAAGUUUGCAAAAAAAGCUAUGCACUGUUUGAGGGCCGGACUUAUAACGUCUUUACCUAAUGUUCUAUGAUGACAUUUUUUUUGGGAUUUUUUGUUACCACCUUCCCCUAUAAACUAAAUAAAAAGCUCAAAUAACCGACAUAUUCAACUUUUAACUGCCACAACUUUGCUCAGAGUACUCCAAGUCAAUUUAAGAGCUGAAAAUCAAAAUAUGCAUCAAAAAUUACGAAAACUCUUCUACUCCUGAUUAGAAGUCCACAUUUAUUAUUCAGAACACGAAUUUCGAAAAAAGGAAGUUUGACUUGUCUGGACCUUUUUUUCUCUUAUCAUCAGAGCUUUUUUUAAAAUUCAUUCAUCUGUUUCUAUGACCUCAACCGUGAGAGAAAAGAGGACGCAGACUAGUCAGAAUUAUGAAAAAAAAAUAUAUAAAGAAACAGAUUUUCUCUAACCAGAGGACGGAAUAGUGCGGAAAAAAGAGCAACAUUUUACACUCCCAAAAAGGCAUAAAUCAAGACCGAGAAGGCUUUUCCAAUAAGCAGAAUGAAAAACCAAACCUCCUUUUCUGCAGGUUUCAAGCGAAGGAUGCCGUGGUUGGUCGGACUGGAUCGACGUCGAAAAUGCGGAGUGUAGCUCAAGUUGCGGCGGUUGUGGGACCAUUCCACAGGAGCGCGUCUGCCGGGACCUGGAUCCAGCCUGUUGCGAGUAAUGCGGAAAUUCUCAUAUAUAUAUAUAUGUAUAUUAUAUAUUCGGACAUUGGUAACGCAUAACAGACGUGCUCCGGACGUUUCUGGGCAUUUCCAGUGACCACUUUAGCGGCGUUAGUGAUUCCUAGAAUUGCACAGAAACGUCCGAAACACGCCCGUUUCGCGUUAUAGGCCGUAUGCAAAACAAUACCGUGGUUCACUCAGGAAUGGUGAAAAAAUCCUCUAAAAACGUUCAUUUAAUGGAAACGUUUCCAUAACCCUUAUUGGAAGACCCCACGGUAACGCAAACCGGACGUUUCAGAGCAUUUCAAGUAAUUGCUUAAGAGUGCUGACGCCACUAAAGGAUCACUAGUAAUUCUGAGAAACUUCCCGUUUGCGUAACCGAAGUCCAAGUAGAAGUAAUGACUUUCUGAAGAGCAAGACUGAACCAUUUGAAGUUUGCACUUUUUUUUAAAACGGUCCAUGGCUAGGCUGCUGUAGGAUUUUUCUGCGGUCUUCUGGCGCGAAUCGAAAAUUCAAACGCGAGCUGGAAAGAUACGUGGAUAUAACUAUUUCACGGCUAGCUUGGGGCGAAGGCGUGUCCUGUCUGCGCUCUCCACGAGCCAUGCGCUAUCUCGUGCAUUAUCGUGUCAGGACCCUUUUUUCGAUGGCUCAAGCCGGCCGUGAAUCAGCUAUACAGACGUUUUUACACUUUCGUUCCUCCAAAAAGACGAUCCGCGUUCGAAUCUUUUCGCAACACAUCCUCAGAUCAUACGUUCGCUUCAAAAAAAAAUUUUUUUUAAUUCUAGAGGAGAAACGACUCGACCGGCAAAAUGCGGAUUCUCACUCUGUCUUUUCCCGAAUCGAAGUUGCUGCGAGGGAUUUGAGAAAAGGAUUCUGA